AUGUUGACCAAAGAUGAGAGGGAGGACUCUGUUUUAGGGAGCUUACUGCUGCUCAGUUUCCGGAUAAGUCGAGUGGAGCCUGCAGAUAACAUCACCCGCAAGUUUGCCUUUAAGGUGUGGUUGGAGGAGUUUGAAAAAGACGAGCUGAAGAAUCCUAUUGUGUUUUGCAUGCAGGCAGAGCAAGCUGGGACCAGGACGUACUACUUCAGCACAGACAGCCAUGAGGACCAGGAGAAAUGGAUCACAGCUAUGAGUGAGGCUGCAGGAGUCAUCGUUCAGCCAACGCAGAGGACAAACUGCACAGACACCACAGGUGAUCUCAUCCAAACUAUGGUGACCAAGGCACCUGACCCUCAUCAGCAUCCCCAACCUCAAACACACAAUGAGCCUGAGACCGACCUGCCCAUCCACCCUUACAUUAAUGAGGCCAACAGCCUUCAAACACUAUUGCUUUCCACUCACCACUCAGAUCAACAGGGGGGAAACAUUGACAGAGGAGAGGGUAGUGGAGGUGAAGAUAAUGGAGGAGAACCAGGCUCUGAUCAUGCACCUCGCCUAAUUCAUCAUCCAAAUGGUUGGGGCAGCUUUUGCCCAGCCAAUUUUAUGUCCCACACCGGCAAUAACAAACAUCCUCUGUCCAGGAGGAAUAGUGGACACCGUGCCUCUCAUGGACAUUCAGAGAGCAUUGUCGGUCCAAUGCAGGACCCCAGGGAGCAGCAAGGGAAUGUUGUGUUGAGGAGAGGCUUUGUGCCCAGGACAGUUCCAGAGAUGGUGGCCCAGAGGAAAAGCUCCAUGGCUCAGCUGCAGGAGUGGGUCAACCAGAGGCAGGGCAUGGUUUCUCAGGACGACAUCAACAGCCAAUCUCAAUACUACCCAGUUAAUCGGAUGGUCUCUGCUGAUCACUGUGGCUAUCCUGGUGGUGCCCAGUAUAUGGAGAAGUUCCCUAUAUACCCAUCAGGUGUCCGGCCUGACAGCAUCUGCUCCGUCUCUGCUGUGGGGGGAUAUGAUAGAGGCUGGACUGUGGAGGAGCGUCAACCGCUGAGGGAUGGACCUCAUCAGCAGUAUGCACACCUAAUGCCCAGGGACCCAUGGGGGGCACAGUACUAUAGGGGAAUGGAAACAUCCAUGAGACGACUGUCCAUCCAGCCACGCUCCAGGUCUAUGCCUAGGUCAUCUUCUUCCUCGUCAGGGGGGCCCUACUCACCGGUGCCGCCAAACUUUGCCUCACCAGCUCGAUCAUUAUCAGCCCGUUUUUCAGGGAAGGCGAGGGAUGAUGUGAUCUAUGCUGAUCCAUCAAUUUACAGCCUGAGAAGAUAUCUCGGCUCACCAAAGUAUGACUACUCUGGCGAAAGGAGGUCCUUAAGCCAAGGAUUAUACCAUCAUAACUACCCUGUAUCCCCUUCCAUCCACAAUAACGUGGAGGACAUGUUAGACCUUCAACUCCAACGUAACCUGGAAUACCUAGAUGAGCAGCUGCCUCUUUUCCAUGAUGUCUACAGCAGAGAAUUACAUCCCACACUGAAGCUCAAUGAGAUUGAAACCAGUAAACUCUUGGGUCGACUGUGUGAGCAGAAUCGAAUAUUGAAAGACCAUAAGGCUGUUGUCCACAGACUGAGAAUUGACAAGGACAGCCUAGAAGAAGUGCUGGUUGCAAGUCAUCAGGAGAUGGAGCUGUACCAUAACCAACCUUCGGCCAUGGAAAAGCUACAGUUCAAAAAAGAAACCCUGCAGAGCCAGCUCAUCAACAUUAGAGGGGAGCUCUCCCAGGCCUCCAGUGCUCUAACCACCACUCGCAUGGAGUUUGAGGCAUUAGAGGAUGAGGCCAACGCUAUCCAUGGAGAUCUAUGGGAGCAGCUUAAUGCAGGAGGACAGAGUGAACUUGUGCGGAGGCACAUCCAAAAAGAGUUUUGGAGAGUCCAGGAUGUUUUGGAAGGACUGCACAAGAAUAACCUAUCCAGAGGUACUGACACAGCCAAGCACAGAGUGGCCGGCGGUGCAUCAAGCUCCUUUAGAACUAAUAGUCCAGCAAGUCCCCUGAGCUCAAUAAGCCUCACCAGCCCACUCAGCCCCUUCUCCCCAGUGCCUGGCUCCCACGUCUCCCCCAACAGACAGCUGGGCCCAGAGGAAAGUAUUCCCCCAAGGCCUCCUCUCCCCAAGGCCUAUUAUCAUUUGGAGCCAUCCCCUACCCAUCCCCCCUCCAUCCCCCCUUUGCCCUUUGACAGCACCGCCUGGCUACGCAGCGUCUGCCGUGAUGAUGGUUACCUUGAUGGUGAAGAUUCUUACGUCAGAAAGCUCCAGGUUGGUGAACAGAACACUCUCACUGAUAUGCAGGACCUGUUCCAGGAGAGAAAAUACAUCAUGAAUAAAGUUGGCAUUGUUCCUCGUAGAACCAAGGCCCCCACUGACGAAUUACAAAGCAGCUCUACUGAAGUGUCUCGGCAUUUUGGCAGGGUGCGGAAUGGAAUCUCUAGGGAACGUCCAAAGAGUGCUGUGUUUCCUGCAGAGAUGAAGUCAAAGAUGAGCAUAGAAGAGCAGUAUGAGCGAAUCCGCCGCAACCAGAGCAGCUCUGUAAGGGAGAAGAGGCGGAGCCUAAACUUUUCAGGGGGCCAGUCUUCAGCCAACUACAAAGUGGUGCGGAGGCGGUUGACUGCUCUUGAGAUCGACAUUAAAGAAAUGGAAACAGCAGUUCGAGGCCAGGGCCAAGAGUCACCACGGGAAGAAAUUACUCGGCUGAGAAGGUUACAGAUGGAACCACAACACUACGAUCUGGACGUUAGCGGGGAGCUGGUCGCUUCAAACAAGGUUCUGAUUCCAGAGCGCUACCAUGAUGAGGAGGAUACCACUCCUCUGAGUCCUGAGGAACAGAAGGAUAAGCAGAAGAAACUAGAGCGGAUCAAGACACUCAUUGCCAAAUCAAAUUUGCAGAACAUGGUUCCUCUUCUGAAUGGCCCAGUGGAAGGUGGUGCUCCGGUCAGCUCCCAGCAGCAGUUGCAAGAACAAGAGAAGCGAAUUGAGAUCUCCUGCGCUCUGGCUGCUGAGGCCUCUCGUCGUAGCCGGAUUCUCUCUGAUCCAGGGCCUCUGUGGCUGCACCAUGGAUUGCGGUUUGUGGAUCGCGCACCGGGGGUCGCAGUGUUGGAUCCAGUGUGGCGGAUUCUGAGUUAUGUGGGCUGAUCGUGGUGCUGGUGGCGGACCCUGUGUCGCGUCGACAUUGGGCACGGGCGGUGGACCAGGACCGCGGUGGUGGCUCGUGAUGGGUCCUGGUGGGCGGCGGUGGACGGUGACUGAGGACUGGAGUGGCGUCUGGUCUGGAUGGUGGAUCGUGGUCUGGAUGGUUGCUGACCAUGGAAUGUGAUUGCAGCGGGACUGCUUGGCAUGUCAUGUUGGGGUUGUCCUUCGGGAUGUCUACCCUCAUCAAAUGCUGCUAGAGACUUUAAUCUUUAAUCUUGAAGACUUUAAUCUUGAUGAUGUUUUCCUGCACGUGGCAUCUAUUGCACUUCUGUCCGUCCUGGGAGAGGGAUCCCUCACAUGUGGCUCUCUCUGAGGUUUCUACGUAUUUUUACCCUGUUAAAAGGGUUUUUAGUAGUUUUUCCUUACUCUUGCUGAGGGUUAAGGACAGAGGAUGUCACACCCUGUUAAAGCCCUAUGAGAUGAAUUGUAAUUUGUGAAUACGGGCUAUACAAAUACAAUUUGAUUGAUUGAUUGAUUGACAUGUGCAAUCCCACUUUUAUAUGAAAAUGCCACCAUGUUGCAUAACUGGUUGAUUCUUUUACUCCCUGAGGAGGAGUCAAUCUGAUUCUGCUGCAAUAAAAGAAGGAAUGCUUGGCCUCCUCUACCAAGCAUUCUUCUGGCUAAUG